GUACAUUAUGUUAAUGUAAUUCUAAUUAAUCAUAAAUGAUGAUUGAAUACAAAUCUCUAAUGUUUUAAUGAAUAUAACUCAUAUGAGAUGAAAUCUACUCACAAUAAUUUUCUGAAAAAUAAAGUUGUUUUUUUUUCUUUCAUUAAACAAGUCAAUUAUCCAUUUGAGUCAUUUUUAAAAAAAAAUGUGUAAAUCACAGGAAUAUUUGCAAUAUAUAUUUAUAUUAUUAUGAUGCAAUCACUCACACACACACACACACUCUCUCUAUGUAUAUACAUAUACAUAUAUAUUAUUAAGAAUUGAACUAUUUUAAUUAAAUACAAUUUUGUAUCCAGAUAUAAUAUUGUCUAUAAUUAAUAAUGUCUGAAAUAUCAAAUAAAAUAGAACAGAAAAAUUAUGAAAAUGGUCAAGUUAAAAAAAUGGGAAGAUCAGUGGAUGAACGGCAUUUGGCUUUACGAAAAUCACAUUCUUCCAAAAGUCUAUUUCAACAGAUCGCAUGGAGAAGUUUAGAUAAUUCUAGACGACAAAAAAACAUGGCAAGUGGAGAUUAUGCGGAACCACUUUGGGCAAUUGUUUUAGAUAAGAAAAUGGAAAAAAAUCAUAUACCGAAAGUAGAAGACAGUGAUUCGAUUUCCGCAUUUGGAUUUUAUCGAUCUAUCGAAAGUCAACCUGAACAACAACCAUGGGGUAAGAAAGCAAUUCCAAUGGUUGGUGAUUUGGUAUUACGAACAAUGGCACAGAAACGUACAUUAACAUCUUUGUCGUCUAACCUAGCCAGUUGGACACUGACAGAUCAAGAAUUGAAAAUGCAUGUUUAUCGUAAAACAUUACAAGCCUUGGCUUAUCCCAUAUCAAGUAAUACACCGCAUAAUUUUCAAUUGUUUAGUGCUACCAGUCCUACGUAUUGUUAUGAAUGUGAAGGCUUAUUAUGGGGUGUAGCCAGGCAAGGAUUACGAUGUACUGAAUGUGGUGUUAAAUGUCAUGAUAAAUGUAAACGUUUAUUAAAUGCAGAUUGUUUACAAAGAGCUGCAGAAAAAUCUUUACGUCAUGGUGCUGUAGAUAAAGCUCAAGCUGCAAUGGAAGCAAUACGUGCAUUGAUUCAACGACGUAUUACUGAACGAUCAGAUAUUUUUGAAUUUUUAGCUAAUGUUUUUCAAAUUGAUGUACAUUCAAUGACACAUUUAAAUGCUUUAGAAUUUGCACAAAAAAGUAUUGUAGCCGGUGCAAGUCAAUGGUCAGCUAAAAUUGCAAUCACUGUGAAAUCUGCUCAGGGUUUAAUUGGUAAAGAUAAAACUGGACGAAGUGAUCCAUAUGUGACAGUACAAGUUGGUAAAGUACGUAAACGUACUAAAACAGUUCUACAAGAAUUGAAUCCAACAUGGGAUGAAAAAUUUAUGUUUGAGUGUGAUAAUGCCUUGGAACGAAUUAAACUUCGUGUUUGGGAUGAAGAUAAUGAUUUAAAGUCGAAAAUUCGACAAAAAUUUACUAGGGAAUCAGAUGAUUUUCUUGGUCAGACAAUUAUUGAAGUAAGAACAUUAAGCGGUGAAAUGGAUGUAUGGUAUAAUCUUGAGAAACGGACAGAUAAAUCAGCAGUAUCUGGAGCUAUUCGUUUACUGAUUUCUGUUGAAAUAAAAGGUGAAGAACAAAUGGCUUCAUUUCAUGUACAGUAUACAGCAUUACACGGUAGUAUAUUUUGUUAUUUAUGUCAAGAAAAUGAACCAGUUUUUUUACCGGAUCAAACAUAUAUCACUCAGGCACAAAAUAAUGGUAAUGAAGCAUGGCGAGUAUAUUUCAAUCCAAUAGGACAGGAAAUCGUUGAUGAAUUUGCUAUACGUUAUGGUAUUGAACCAAUAUUUCAAGCAAUGACGCAUUUUGCAUGCUUAACUGCUAAAUAUAAUUGCCCUGGUGUACCAGCUCAGUUAUCUGUACUCUUGGCUAAUAUAAAUGCAUUUUAUGCACAUACAACAUCAUCAAAUAGUCAGACAGCUAGUGAACGAUUUAGUGCAAGUAAUUUUGGACGAGAGAAAUUCAUUAAAUUACUGGACAAUUUAUAUAUCGCCAUAAGAAUUGAUUUGUCAAAAUAUCGUACUGUAUUCCCUGCAUCACAACCAGAAAGAUUGAUUGAUUUGAAAUCUACCGUAGAUCUCCUUACAAGCAUCACAUUUUUCCGUCUCAAAGUUCAAGAGCUUAGUUCACCUCCAAGAACAGGUCAAAUAUUACGUGAAUGUAUUGAAGCUUGUAUUCAUGCAACCUAUCAGUGCCUUUGUGAAAAUGUACAUGACUUAUAUGGGAAAAGUUUACAGGCAACCAAUACAGAAUCUGGGAAUACUGAAUUUGCAUCUGAUAAUAUGAAUAGUGGAGCUGGACAAUCGUUAAUUGGGGAAUCAGAUCAAAUGGAUGGUAUGCGAUCGCCGACCUAUUGGCAUCGUCUUAUCACAUUGGUUGUUUCAGUUCUUGAAGAUGAUCGAAAACAUUAUGCACCAGUAUUAAAUCAAUUUCCACAUGAAAUCAAUCUAGGCGAUAUGUCAGCUGAAAUGAUAUGGAAAUGUUUAUCGGACGAUUUAGCUAAUGGAUUAGCUCAGCAUACAAUUACAGCUAAAUAUUAUUUCAAUAAUACUGAAGAGGAUAUAUUAGAUAGUUUAUCAAAAGUGAAUAAAUUACGUGAUUCAUCUAAAUCAACUGGACAAAAUAAAGUUGUUUUAAAAAGUGGAAUGAAUAAAAUCAAAUCUUCAGAUUAUAUGAAUCUUUGUUUUCGAGUGAAAUGGUUUUAUAAUACUUAUAUAGCAACACUGGCAAGAUUCAAAAAUUCAAUUCCUGAUUAUCCUCGUUGGUUUGAAGGUCUCGUAUUGAUUUGGCUAGCUGAGAAUGAUGAAGUGUCUGCAAAUUAUUUAAGAAAUGCUUAUGAUCGUGACAAACAAGAUGGUUUUCAAUGUUCUAGUGAACAUGUACUCUAUUCAAAUUCUGUUGUUGAUGUAUUCACUCAACUGAAUCAAUGUUUUGAUGUUAUACGUAAACUUGAAUGUCCAGAUAAACAAGUUGAAGGACAAUUUUUCCAUAGAUUCUCACUGACUGUUGAAAAAGUUCUCCUUGCUUAUGCUGAUCGUGUGUUAGCUGAUUUCUCAACAUACAAAACGGAUCAACGUGUAGCUUGUAUAUUAGUGAAUAAUACACAACAACUUCGUGUUCAACUAGAAAAAGUUUAUGAAAAUAUGGCACGUGAAAGUCUUGAAUCCAACACUCGAGAUCGUUUAAGUGCUCUUCAAGGUCGGUUAAAUGAAGUAGUUGAUAAAUUAGCCAUCCAACUGACUGAUCAGUUUGAAGCUGGGGUUCGUUCACAUGCACGUGAAUGUGGAAAACUUUUACAGAAGUGUAGACCAUCGAAUGGUUCAGAUAAUACAACUGGUCGUGGUGUCAGUAAAGAGGAUGAAGCAAAUGAAUGCUUACAACCGCUAAUGGAUCAUUUUGAAAGUAUUCUAUCUAUACUAGCAAAUGUUUGUGAUAAAACUGUAUUAAAAAGAAUAUUAAAGCAAUUAUGGCGAAUAACAAUGUGUAAUUUAGAAAAACUUGUUGUACUACCCGCAGUUACUGAUCAAAAACAGCUGGCUACGGGAUUGCUUUUAAGCUCAAAUACAUCAGCGAAAUUAAUUGGUGGGGCACAAAGCCUAUUAAGUCAUGUUGGUAGUCAAGUUGUACAGGGGAAAAUUUUAUCUGAAACAACACGUGAACCAGAAAAAGGCCUUACACCAUAUCAAUGUGAAUUACUUGGUAUUUGCUUGAAUACAAUUCGUGUAUAUUUUCAUGCUGGUGGACGUGGUGUGAAACGUUCGUUUCUUGAUAGAAGUCCAGAACUACAUAGUUUACGACAAGUAUUAGCUCUAUAUUCUCAGGCUACAGAUGAAUUACUUCGAGAUUUUAUAGCUACACAAACUUCACAAGAUUAUCUGGCCAAUGAGGAACCAGUUGGCUACUUAACACUUCAAGUAGAAAUUUUCAAGCACCCUGGAACCGGUGAAUACAAAGUAAAUGUGAAAAUUCAUACAGCUUCAGAUUUGAAUUGGUCUCUUGCUACUGGAAUGUUUAGACCAUUUGUAGAAGUUUAUAUUUUUGGACCAUUAUUAUCUGAUCGUAAACGUAAAGCUGCUACAAAAUCAAAAUCAGUUACUACAAUGCCCAUUUAUCACGAAACAUUUGUAUUUUUCUUAUCCAAUCAAAGUGAUCCUGAAUGGUAUGAAUUACAUUUAUCUGUAAAAGAUUAUUGUUUUGGACGAACUGAUCGUCUUGUUGGUGUUACAGUAUUAUCUUUAUCUAGAGCAUUAAAUCUUGGUGCAACUCCAAUUCGACUUCCAUUAGGACGACGUUUACAUUUUACAGAAACUGGAUGGACUGUAUUACGUGUACUUUCACAACGUGUUAAUACAGAUGAUGUAGCCAGAGAGUUUGUUCGUGCUAAAUCUGAAUAUCGUGCACCUACAGAAAAUGAUAAUAUUGUAUCAGUAGCACAAUAGAAUGGAGAAUACUAAUGAUUUUAUUAACAUAUUUAUAUAUUUCAAGAUAUCAUUCAUAUAAUGAUACAUAUUUUUUUUUCUUUUAUGAGCAAUAAUAAUAGAUUAAAAGAACAGAAAUCAGGAACAAAACUAUUUAUUUACUAUUAACAAUAAUCCACAGGGAAAGAGAUAGAUAGAGAGAGAGAGGAAGAGAGAGAAAGAGAGAGAGAGACAGAAAUCAUAUAUAGUACGAAGUUACCAAUACAGUAUUUUUUUGAUGAUUUGCUUAAUUCUUUCUCUUUUUUUUAAGUGCAUUCAAAUAAUUUUCAAGAGAUUUGCAUUUACAUACGGUAUACAUACUGACAUACUUACGGAUAAACAGAUUGUAAUAUCUCAGCGCCUAUUUUCUAUAAUUUCACUAUUAUUUAUGUACUAAUAACCUGAGUUAUAUUCUCUGUAAUAAUAUUCGCCGCGUGUAUAAAACCUUUUAUACAUAUACAUAUAUACAUAUAUUGAGUGAGAGAUGUGACAAAAUCAAUAAUUUGUACUGAAUAGCUCAUAUAUAGAGUUAAAAGUGACCACAUAUGUACACAAAUAUACCCACACACACACACAAAUAUAUAUUUAUAAAUUUAGAAGAUAAACAAUUACAUUGAUUGUCAUUGCUUAUUGAAAACUUGAGCAUGCAUAUACAAACAAUCAAUCUAUGUAUCCAAUUCAGAUAAAUGAAUAAAUAUGAAUAAAGGAUAACUGCCUACUUCUUUUUUGUUUGUUUUUUUUUUCAUCCAAAGAGUUUCUUUUGUUUAAUAUUAUUUAUAAAUCAGG